UGAGUAGCCUACCUUUUUUGAGGGAGAGAGGGAUCAUCGACGAGUUGACUGAAUGUAUGUGCUUCUUUCUGCAACAGACUCGCAGAGCAGGCUAAUCCUUGGCAUUUAAAAACGGUGUCUUUUUUUCUGCAACAGACUCGCAUAGUGGGCUAGUUUUAGCAUUUAAAAAUGGUGUCUUCAAUUUCCUCGUCAUUUUAUUCGUUCAUUUCAGAGCUUGAGCUCCAAGACUGUUGAGAUGGUCGAUAAAGGUGCAUUGCUCUGACGCACUCGAGGAUGAAUGGAGAAAGUAGAACCUGGACUAGGCUACUCGUCGCUGGAUUACAUUUUAAUCCAUGUCUUUAGUCUUUGUUGUUGUGCCUUUUUAACUCUACACAACUCUCCRAAUUCUUAAACAUGACUGAAGAAAAUACGGAGUUUCCUAACGAGUUGCUGGAGAGUGUAAGAGWUGCCGUGGGAGGGAAGAUCAAGCUCACCCUGAAGAAGAGGGUGAAACUGGAGGUCAAAGGUGACAAACUGGAGAACCGAGUCCUGGCUUUGGCAUCCCAUCGGGGCUUUCUGCUUACUGUGAGGGUCCCCACCAAGAUUGAACAGACCUUCAAUUACCUGGAUAUACAAGGGAUCACUAGUAACAAGCCCACUCAGUUGUUGUUGAAGUAUGACCGAGGCCAGCUGUCCCUGAAGCUUGGCUCUGUGGAGGAUGUGGAUGAGGUGGUGGCCCACAUUGGGACCUGUCUACACAGGAUCUGUCCAGGCCUGUCCCCAGUGAAGGCGAUGAAGAAGUUGACCCUGAUGCCUCCUGAGAGGACGGCCGCCCUACAGUCUCUCUGGGAGGACCAGGCCACCACAGACCUAGGGCCAUGUGGUGGUUUCUCCCACAUGUACUGGUGUCUCUGCGACCAGCUGGGUCUGCCAUUCAGAGKMGAGGUGCAGUGGGAUGUGGACACAAUCUAUCAAACCCAGGACACCAGAGAACUGAACCUGCAGGAUUUCGUACAURUAGAGAACAGAGAUGUGGUGGCCAUCAUUCUGGUCCUYGAGUAUAACCAAUGGUUUACUAAGCUCUCCUCAAAGGACUACAAACUGUCCACAGAUGUGUGUGAACAAAUUCUGCGAGUUGUGGCCCGCUCCAGUCGCUUAGAGGAGCUGGUUUUAGAGAAUGCAGGUCUCAGAAGUGAUUUUGCACAGAAGUUAGCCAACGCUCUGACCUGCAACCCUGCCUCUGUACUUCACACCCUCGACCUCACAAACAACUCCCUGGAGGACAAGGGUGUAUCUGCUCUCAGUGCACAGCUAGCCAAACUCCCAAUGGGUCUCAAGCAUUUGAACCUCUCAAACACCUCCAUAUCACAGAAAGGGGUUAACAGUCUUGCCCAGGCGCUGAGUGCCAACCCUGCUGUCCCCACUACCCUCACACACUUGGACCUCUGUGGGAAUUCACUCCGAGGAGACGACCUCCCAAAUCUGUACAAUUUCCUMGGUCAACCUAACAGUCUAGCAAUUCUGGACCUGUCCAACAGCGACUGCUGUCUGGACCAAGUCUGCACMUCACUUCUACGAGGUUCUCUCAAGCACCUCUCAGUYCUCAACAUGUCUAAGAGCGUUUUCUCUAGCAGGAGAAGUAAAGAUGUGCCGCAUUCCUUCAAGCAGUUCUUUGGCACUGCCCUGGCUCUGAGAAGUGUCAACCUGUCUGGAACCAAACUCCCCCUGGAGGCGCUCAAGGCACUUUUACUAGGUCUUGGCUGRAAUCCUAAUCUAAGUGAAGUGUCACUGGAUAUCAGCAGCUGUGAGCUAAGAUCUGGAGGUGCUCAGAUUCUGGAGGGCUGCAUAGCUGAGAUUCCCAACAUCUCCAGGCUGGACAUCUCAGACAACGGUUUGGAUUCAGACCUGACCACUCUCUUAGUGUGGCUGGCUAGAAAUCGCUCCAUCCGCCACCUCUCACUGGGCAAGAACUUCAAUAACAUCAAGUCCAAAAAUUUGUCUCAAGUCUUGGACAACCUGGUGCACAUGAUACAGGAGGAGGAAUCGCCCCUGACGUCCCURUCCCUGGCCGACUCCAAGCUCAAGGGGGAUCUGUCCAUCGUACUGAACGCGCUGGGCAGCAACACCAGCCUGACCCGGGUGGACAUCAGCGGCAACGGCAUGGGAGACAUGGGGGCCAAGAUGCUGGCCAAGGCCCUGCAGAUCAACACCAAGCUCAGGACGGUUAUGUGGGACAAAAACAAUGUCAGCCUACAAGGCCUCCAGGAUGUGGCAUCUGCUUUAGAAAAGAACCAGACCAUCCGCUUCAUGCCUAUCCCCAUCAUCGAUGCUGCCCAGGCACUCAAGGCCAACCCUGAGAAAACAGAGGAUGCCCUACUAAAGAUGGAGCGGUAUCUACUAAGGAACCACGAGACUCGGAAAUACCUCCAAGAGCAAGCUUACCGUCUCCAGCAAGGCAUUGUCAUGACCACCACACAGCAGAUGAUGGACAGGAUCUGUGUAAAGGUGCAGGACCACCUAAACUCCCUGAGGUAUACGGAGACCGAUGUCGUCCAGGAGGACAUGAAGGUGGCCAAGAACCUCAUGAAGGACGCCAGGAACUCCAAAAGACUAUUGCCCAACCUGUACCACCUGAGGGGAUCUCCUAGUGGCAUGGGCGGCCCCCCUGACAUGGGCAGCCCCAUUCAGGACAAGCUGGAGUCCAUGGCUGGAGAGAUAGCCAGGGUCAUGGAUGAGCAGCUACAGACGUUGUUACAAUCUAUGGUUGACACCGCUGAGGGCCUCUGUCCCCACGUGAUGAAGAGGAGCAACCUGCAUCAGGAGCUGAUGAAGGCCGGUGCAGGCAAGAUGACCGUCCCCCAUAGCUUCAUCACCACCACGUUACUGGAGCAGUCAGGAGUCGACAUCCUCAACAAGAUCAGUGAAGUGAAGCUCAGUGUGGCGUCCUUCCUCUCAGACCGUAUCGUGGAUGAGAUCUUGGAAUCUCUGUCCCGUUCCCAAAACACUCUGGCAGAACACCUGACCAGGAAAGCGCAGCCUCUUCUCCACCAGGAGCCCAAAGAGACAGAGGUGCUGGAUGAGACGGUCCUCCAGCCUGAGGCCCAGACCCAGGAGCAGAGGCAGCAGCCUGCUGAAAGUCUGGAGGAGAUUGACACCUGUGUGAUGACACCCAAGUCCAAGAGGAAGAGCAUUCUCUGCAGGAUGCUGCGGCCUGUCUCUGUGGCCUUUGAAAUGGAGUUUGACUUGGACAAGGCCCUGGAAGAAGUGCCUAUACACGAGGAAGACUCGCCCCCUCCUCCCCUAUCGGACAWGAUGCCGACGUACUUUGGCGAGCUGCCCACUAUGGAGGCCCGGAAGCUAGAGCACCACACCAAGCUCCGUCCCAAACCAAAAAAGAGGACCAAACCUAGCCGAGCACCACGGGAUUCAAUCUGCACCUCUCCACCACCAGAAGAAGUGGAGCAGAACCGCCUCCUGGGAAAAGUGGAUGAGGGUGUUGAUGAAUUCUUUUACAAGAAAAUCACCCAACUUAGUUUUAAACGACCCACCCUGAGGGGCUCCCCCAACAUCCAGGAGGGUUCGGAGAAGAAACGGGAAUCCCGGAAAAGCGGCUUCCUUAACCUCAUCAAGUCUCGCACCUCCAAGUCCGAGAAGAGCCAUGGAGCAGCCGCCAUCACCACCCCGGCUUCUGCGACCGUCAGCACUGUGACAGAGGUGCCCCUGUCCCCCAAGGCUCCGUUGCGGGACCACUCGGAAAUAUCCCCUGACCGCUCAGAAAAGCCGCCAACCCAUGAACCCACUGCGGAACAGCACUCGGAGAGUGACAGUAAGGGGGGUGGCUGGCACUUUGGGGUCAGCAUGGACCUCCUGGCAGAGAUGAGAAAAAUGCAUGAGAAAAUGGCCACCCAUAAGUCUGACUCAUCUUCCUCUUCAGACAAGGCAGAUGGUAAACAAGGAAAGCCYGAGAGUCAAACAUCGUCGAUAUCGCCCAGGUCUAAGCCCACCAGUGUUACACCCAGACUCCCAGCACCCCCGGGCACCAAGCCCCACCUGGGACCUCUGAGCCCUCGCACCAGCAGCAGCCACAGCCCAGAUGACACCCCUGACUCCCCUCUUGGAAACGUAUCCCCAAAAGGACCACUGCCCGCCCCUCGCCUGAAGAGYYCGCCGUCAGACUGUGAGAGGGAGGGGGAGACUAGCCCCAUUAAUGUUGAACUCACAGGAGACUCUAGCCCAUUUGACUUAGACCAUGAGACGGACAGGUCUGUUAUUGGCGGGAGACAGUGGUCCUCCCUGAAGAGUUCCACUUCUGUGGUACAGGAAGUAGAGGGWCGAGAGCGCACCAAGUCCCUCCCUGCAUCUGAGAGACCUUCGUCCAUGGUGGACGCUGCCCACUGCCAAAGCCCUGGGGUGUUUGAUGAAGACAACAACACGAAGGAAGACUUCUCUCCUCCCCCUGACACAGACCAAAGACAGGACCUUAUGCCUGACAGCAUAGAGGAGGAGGAGGAGGAAGAAGAGGACACCAUCAAUGACAUCGUCCCAGUGUAGAGAGAAAAGAUACAUCUAGUUUCUCCAUACUUUUCUCAAAGUGUUCCAUGGAGUGUCCAAGUGCACACUURGGGAGAAUUGUGGAGAAUCGUAAUGCAGACAAAUAGCAAAGAACAAAAAAAGCUUAUGGACAACCUUACAAAUAUCGUAUUCUUAACAAAGACCAUUGAUUGYKUWAMRCAAUCAACCAAUAAGCAGUGUUGUGUUCCUAUGUCUAAUAUGCAUAWAAUGUAUAUUUGUCAAUAUCUAUUAAAACACUGAAAGAGAUAUAUGGAUGUGUUUAAAAAUAUGUAUGAGAUUUACAUUGUACCAUGGGCAAAUUGAUCAAGUAAACCUUAUUAAUGACAGGCAUAAUAACUUUGAUAUAUCAUGAUUUAUAUGYAAUACAUUUAUUGCGGGGCUUGGUGAUUGUUUCCAGUGUUAGGUUUAUUGGCUCAAUUGAUUUAUGCUGAAAAUACACAAACUAAUUUUUCAGMUUUUUUGCAAUGUAUUGUAACAAAAUCCUUUACAUGUAACAUCAAGUUUGUGUAUAAUCCUGUAUUUGUAUAUUUGUAACAAUAAAAAAUAUUUCUACUGGCA